GGGUUAAGCGUAGGGUUAGGGUUAGGGUUUCUCUUUGGAAUGGACGUGGUGGUGGCAUCGCAUUCGCCACUCUCUCUCCCUCUUCCCCUGCUUUACUUCUCUCACGGAGUGCUGUAGAGAGAUACGGUUGGGAUGACGUCACAUGGCCGAGAUUUCUUACAUAUUUAAAUCAAGCGGACGAAAUAUCUCCCUAUUUAGUACGCUUAGAUUCUCUCUCUUCCAAACCCUAGAGGAAAGAUGGUUUUUUCCCCCCCUCUCCAAAUCCUUGUGGUCCUUUUUAAUUCCUGAUCGAUCAGCUGGUUUUCGUCCCAAUCAGCAGGCUUCUUCGGCCGUGGAGUAGAAGGUGAAUCGCUGCGGGAAAAGUGAUAAGAAUUACUUACAGUUUCCUUCCUUAAAUUUCGCUAGCUCCAGUUGAGGAAACUAUAGAUCACUCUACUCAUGAGUCGUGCAAGUGUUUUUCUGCCCUUUCCAGUUUUGUACUGGCAGUAUGUUCUUCUGUGAGCAAGAAUGUGCUGAAGUUAUUGUUAUGUCAUUUUCAUGGGAUGGAAGUAAGUUUGGUAAAGGAGCUAGGCUUCAAAGGAAAAGAACCUGUUUUUGACUCUAAUUCUUGUAAGUCACUGGUAGAAUUGAGAUCCACCGAGCAAGUUGCAGAUGAUGAUGAUGAUGAUGAAGCAAACAAAUGCGAGCAUUUUACUAUUCGUGGUUAUGUUGCCAAGGUCCGAAGGAGAGAUGCAAAGAUUUGCUGGCCUUUAUUUUUGCCUCAUAAUCAGACAUCAGAUGAACUUGUCAGCUCACUUCCUCCGCUACCUGUUACUAAAUUUAGAUGGUGGAAUUGCCAAAAAUGUCUUAGUGAGGCCAGUACUCCUGAAGAUGUGAUAGCAGAGGGAGGAGUUAUAAAAGUGCAGAAUGAUGGUGUGAAUACUUGCAACACAUCUUUUCUAGUAAAUGCUGAUGCAACAAAUUUGCUUUCUGGCUUACAACAACCAUCCAAAGAGAAAAUAGUAGAUGGAAAAUCGGUUGAAGCAGAUUCUUCUUUUAAUGUCAUUAAUGGUGAAUGUAGCCUGUCACUGAUGAAAGAAGGUCUCCAAAUACCCAAAGGUGGCCCAGGUAGAUCUGAAGAAAAUCAGAAUCAGUUAAUCAAACCUACUAUUUUUGCAGCAGAACCUACUAUUUCUCCAAAUGAAUGCAAGAUGCCACUGGGAGUAGAUAUCAACAUUCCAAAAGCUGAUGCUCUAGCUUCUAUUUCAGUUCACAUGUCUGAUCAUCAUUCAUUGCAUUGGAAAAAGAGGCACACAAAAGCAUCUGACAAUAGCAUGGAUUUGCCUACUGAUAUCAAUCACCAAGAUCAUUCCAGUGAACUUGGUGAUUCACAUGGAAAAUUUCACCACAAAAAGGCUCGGAAGGUGCGUUUCUUGGAUGACAUCAUAAGAAGUGAGGAGUUAUCCGUGUCCACAGUGGUUCACAUUUCCAGUGGAGAUGCAAAAGCCAGUCAAACUAAGAGUGGUAACGGCAGAAGCCCAGACACAUCAAAUUGGAAACUUCAACACCCAGGUAAUAAAGGCCAUCUAGCUACCCAAAAUAUUCAAGAAACGCCAAGCAUAGAGGGUUGGCAAAAUGAAGAUGAGGAGAAUUCUUUAAUGGAUUGGCUGAAGAAAGUCUCUAAAAAGGCUAGUGCACAAAAAGGGAAUCCAGGAAACCAGCACCUUGAUGCUACAGUUGGUAUAUCGUCAGGUUCAUCUUCUGAGCAAGGAUCAAGCAGAUGUAAGAAAAAAAGUGCCUCGGAAAAGGAAAACAAAAUGAGUCCAUUAAAUCCUGGGUGGCCUUGCCUUGUGCCCCAACAGGAUAGUUUCAUUGCUGAAGAUGAAUCAGCCAAACUUCUCCCUGCCAAAACUGUGAAUAACAGAUCAACAGGAUGCACUGUGUCUGAGAAGAGCUUGCAUCAUGGUCCCAAAAUUUGGGAAGGGACCAGUAAGAAAUCUAUCUUGAGUAAGAAGAAAAAUAAAGCACCUCCAUUUAAAGAUAGGUUAAAGGUGAAGAAAAAACCAAUAAAGAAACAACAGGCCAGAAGUUUGUUUGAACAGGAAGGUUUAGAUGACAUCCCAAUGGAUAUUGUUGAACUCUUAGCCAAACAUCAGCAUGAAAGAUGUCUGAUGAGUGCUGGUGUUGCUGCUGAAAGCAUGCAUAAUCUGUCAAAAAUGACUGGAAACAUGAGGGAUGGCAGUGAUUCGGAAAAAAGAUGUGAUGAAGGCAAGAUAUUGGACGUCGUACAUAAAAACCUUUCCCACCAAAGAUCUCACUUCAAUCAAGCAGUAGAGCCUGUCCGUACAACCAUGGGAAAUAACAGCAAUGCCGAUUGCAGGCUAAAAGCAUGUGAUUCUUCUAAUUUUUGUAAACAGAACCUUCACAUUGAUCUGAACCAGCAACCAACAGAGUUCCUGGAACUUCCGGAGUGUAGCGAAGAUCCACUUAGUAGACUGGAGCACCCUGUUACUGUCUCCAACAGAAGCUAUUCCCCUCAAAACUGUGGCCUGGACAUGAACAUGCAAACCUCAGGAUCAUGUAAUAGGAAUCAGGCAGUUGCAACUAAGAUUUCUAGCAGGAAUGACCAUGAUGGGACAUCAGUGCCAUUAAAUGACAUAGCCUUUGGAAGCAUCACCAGGAGGGUCGAUGCUGACUUCAAUUAUGUGAAAGUGGAUCCACAUGAUUCAUGUCUUGACCAAAAUAUGAAGACGGUUGGUCAAAAAACUGAUUUCCAUGAUUCACAUGAUUCAAAGUUUACUAGUUUGCAACUACUACUUGGCAAAGAAAAAGCUGACUCAUCAAUCAAUAUACAUUCAGCAGCUACAUAUUCUAUUGUGGGGCCAGGGAAUGCAUGUCAUUCAAGAACAAUCAAGCCACUGAAUUUAUACGCUAAUGAAACCAUGUCAGCAUUGCAUUUGCUCAGGCUAAUGGAUCAAACAGCAGGAUCAGGUGCAUCAUAUACAAAUCAAGCAGGAUCUAUUUUAGAGUAUGACUUAAAUUGUAGCAAUCAACAUCAGGAAUUACAGGGGUUAGAAGUUGGAUUCAGAAAAGAGAUGCCUAAACAUCCAUGGAGAGCUGGAUACUCUGAUCAAAAUCAGCAUCCAUGGAAUGCUAGCAAACCACCACAUCAUCCAGUUCUUGGAAUCAGUUAUGUUGCAUCUUUGUUGAACAAAGAAAUUGUUCCUCAAUCAAACAAUGGUCCAACACUACCGGGCUUGGAGGCCAGGCAUCCUGUUGAAUUGCCACUACACAAUAUUAUUGAAAAGGAGAAAACAGAUACCUCUUGCUCAGCCUUUCAUGCUGAAUUUGGAAACACCAAGACAUCUAUAUACAUGGGUAUAAAUGCCAAACAGAUGAUUCCUGGCUUAGACUUCUUUGCACAUUCUUCAUGCUCCCUCACAACUCAUGAGAUGGAUCAGGCUGGAUCUAGCAGUAAGAAUAGAGCAGAUCAGCCUCUGACAAGUCUCUUUGAGUUUGAAAACUGUGUUGUUAAUAGAAACCCUGCUGACUUCGCCACACUAGAUGAAGAUGAAUGUAUGAUAGGUAUCAACGAUCCAAGAACCAGGUAUAUAUCUCUCUCCAAAAGCCUGCCGUAUCAAACUCAUCCAGAUGGACACAAGCAGCGGUGAGUGAUGAAGGUCACUGCUUUAAAGUGCUUAUGAGGAACUAAAAUGUAUUGAAUUUGAAGCUUGAUGUUUACUUUCAGGAGUUCCGAUAGAUGUCUGAAUUCCUUUGAUGAUUACAUAUGCAUGUAUGUAUCUAUACUUGGGUUUAGUCUGCUUGUAUUGGCCCUCGUCAGUGUCUUGGAAUGGUUUUAAAAGUGCAGGCUGCUGCAAUUGAGCUGUUUAAUCGUGACUGGACUAACCUUUCCUGCAUUAGUUCUGUGAGCUGUACUGCUGGCAUGAAGAAU